ACGGGACUCACGCUGCUUAUUUUCGGCGAGCGCCCGGCGCGCAUGCAUGCUGCUGGAUGUUGGAACAUUAAAGACGGUCUCAGUCUCAUCUGAACAUAUCCAGAGAGGCUAAAUACAUCAUCAUACAGUGAAUGAGUGCGCUUGCUGAACUAAUGACCAACUUAUGCAAACGAGAGAAGCCGAACGCGCAAUGCGUGUGUGCGCCUUUGGAGAGAGCGCAUAGAUGAGAGCUAGAGGGCGGCGGCGCAUCGCUCCUCACCUCCGUUACCGCUCGUCUCCUCCCGGGACCUUCCUCUGCUCUCCCCGUGGAGAGCACACGUAGAACUCGGUCUGUUCGCGAAGCACCAGGGCGUGCGACGGCGUCGGUCCUCCGUUCACCACCACAGCUGUUCUUGCGUCUCUGCUGAACAAACCCGAAGAGGGAACGAAUAUUUCCACGCUGAGGAGUUUCCAAACUCCAAAGUCAUGGGGGAAAACGGACGUUCUCACAGAUUUGGAUUGGGAUUAGUGCUACAGUCGCUCUUAUUGUGGAUUCGGCUCCAAAUUGUUGACGCACAAGGUGAUGAUGACUUCCUGUUAGGGUUGGGCGAGUUGCCGGAGACUUUCCCUAGCGACCCUCCUGAGCCCCUCCCACAUUUCCUGUUGGAGCCGGAAGACGCUUACAUCAUCAAGAACAAAGCUGUCAAUCUUUACUGCACGGCCACGCCCGCCACACAGAUCUACUUCAAAUGCAAUGGCGAGUGGGUUCAUCAGAGAGAACAUACGAUAGAGGAGCGGGUGGACGAAACGUCGGGUUUGGUGAUUCGGGAAGCGAGGAUUGAGAUCUCUCGACAGCAGGUGGAGGAGCUGUUUGGUUUGGAAGAUUACUGGUGCCAGUGUGUCGCCUGGAGCUCUGCAGGAACCACGAAGAGCCGCAAGGUGCAUGUCCGCAUCGCAUUUCUGAGGAAGACGUUUGAACAAGAGCCAUUGGGGAAGGAGGUGUUACUCGAACAGGAAGUGCUACUGCAGUGCCGCCCACCUGAGGGUGUACCACCUGCUGAGGUGGAAUGGCUGAAGAACGAAGAAAUUAUCGAUCCUGCAGAUGAUCGUAAUUUCUACAUCACCAUCGAUCACAACCUGAUCAUCAAACAGGCACGACUGUCCGACACCUCUAACUACACCUGCGUCGCUAAGAAUAUUGUUGCUAAGAGACGCAGUACAACGGCUACAGUGAUUGUCUACGUGAAUGGAGGCUGGUCAACAUGGACGGAAUGGUCAGUGUGUAACAGCCACUGUGGGCGGGGCCUUCAGAAAAGGACCCGUAGCUGUACCAAUCCUGCACCUUUAAACGGGGGAUCACCGUGUGAAGGACAGGCCAUCCAAAAACUCGCCUGCACCUCAAUCUGCACAGUUGACGGGGAGUGGGCUGACUGGAGCAAAUGGUCGGCAUGUAACACAGAGUGCACUCAGUGGAGGAAGAGAGAAUGUAACGCCCCUGCACCGCAAAACGGAGGAAAAGACUGUGACGGAAUUACACUACAGUCCCAGAACUGCACUGACGGACUAUGCCUACAAACUGCGCCAGGUGGAGAUGAGGUGGCGCUGUAUGUGGGCAUCGUCAUGGCGAUUGUCAUGUGUCUGGUCGUCUCUGCUAUCGUGGCCUUGCUGGUGUACCGCAAGACGCAUCGGCGCUUUCACUCUGACAUCAUCGACUCGUCGGUGCUCAAUGGAGGAUUUCAGCCAGUUAACAUCAAACAGGCACGCUCAGCGGACUUGUUGGCUGCAACUCCUGACAUGUCCACUGCCGCGGCGCUGUAUCGCGGUCCAGUAUACGCCCUCCAUGACAUCUCAGACAAAAUCGCCAUGACCAGCUCCCCUCUGCUGGAUCCCCUUCCUCUCCCCAACCUCAAAAUCAAAGUGUACAACAACUCUGGAGCGGUGACCCCUCAGGACGACAUGACAUCUGACCUCUCCGCCACCCUGUCCCCAAAAGUCACCCACUCUCUUCUGGACAGCGACCCCAUGACCCUGCGCAACCAGAUGCUGGCACGUACACGAGACCCCACGUGCACCGCACUGGGGUCGUUUAACUCGCUGGGAGGACAUCUGAUUAUACCCAACUCAGGUGUGAGUUUGUUGGUUCCAGCAGGGGCGAUUCCUCCGGGUCGCGUGUACGAGAUGUUUGUGACCGUACAGAGGACAGAGAGCAUGAGGCCGGCGGUCAGUGACGGGGAGGCUGUGCUCAGUGAAGUGGUCAGCUGUGGUCCUGCAAGCGCUCUGUUGACGCGUCCCGUCAUCCUCACUCUACACCACUGCACACACGCCCACUCUGACAACUGGCAAAUCAUUCUCAAGAGCCACACGCAGCACGACCAAUGGGAGGAUGUUGUUGUAGUCGGAGAGGAGAAGUUCACAACUUCCUGCUAUGUUCAGCUGGAGGACGAGGCAUGUCACAUCCUGACCGAAACUCUAGGAUCUUAUUGUCUGAUUGGCCAGAGCAUCUGUCCGUCAGCAGCUAAACGAAUCAAACUGGCUGUUUUUGGACCUGUCGUUACAUCAGGACUGGAUUACCACAUCAGAGUGUACUGCCUCGAUGACACUCAGGACACUUUAAAGGAGGUUUUACAAAUAGAAAAACAGAUUGGUGGAAAGUUGCUGGAUGAACCAAAGACUAUGAACUUCAGUUCAAGCAACCACAACCUGAGACUCUCCAUACAUGACAUACACACACAGUGGAAAAGCAAACAACUCACCAAAUACCAGGAGCUGUCAUUCUUUCAGAUGUGGAGUGGUUCUGUGAGGAGGCUGCACUGCUCAUUCACACUGGAGCGUCAGAGUUUGAGAGUGUGUGAGCUGUGCUGUAAGCUGUGUGUGAGACAGGUGGAGGGAGAAGGUCAGAUCUUCCAGCUCUACACCACCCUGACUGAGGACGUUCAGAGCAUUGACACAUCCCUGAUGGAUCCAGGCAGCAGUAUCACUGUGUUGACGGGUCCGAAUGCAUUCAGAAUACCGCUCAGCGUCAGAACAAAACUCUGCAGCAGUCUGGACGCACCACAUACACGUGGCAAUGACUGGAGAUUACUGGCACACAAACUCAACCUGGACAGGUAUCUGAACUACUUUGCGACUAAGACCAGUCCUACAGGUGUAAUUCUGGACCUGUGGGAAGCCAAACACUUUCCACAUGGUAACCUCAACCAACUCGCCACUGUUCUAGAGGAGAUGGGUCGUCAUGACAACAGCAUAGCUUCCUUGACGAAGGAACAAUGAUCCUGUACGUUGAUGUCUAAGCAUAAAAACAUGACCAGAUUAAGCUCAUUAAAGACUUGCCACUGUUACUGAACUGGAAAAACGAUCAAAUCGCCAUCCGAACGAAGACAAGUCAAAGCUUUUGCCAUAUUGAGAGUCAACUGCCUUUUGCACCAGCUCAGUUUAGCAUCUUAUUUAGUUUCCAUGGAAACAUGCGGUACUGCUGUCCAUGUAUGUGAAUGCCGCUGAUUUGGGAUUGAAUGCCGGGCUGGAUAUCUCAAGGGGUCAAAGGUGAACCAGGAACAGGGUCAAGACGCAACAGACUUGUACUAGACAACCAAACCGCUCACUCAGACCCCCGUAUCACCCUUCCAGUUUGCACGUAUAGGGACUGCCAUGUUAUCCUAAUGUGUGUUUGUGCAAAAACAACAGAAAUCUCCCUGUCUCCCUUAGUGAUUGUUUUUACGGAAUUUUGUGGUGCCAUCUAGUGGUUGCAGAAACAAACGCUCAUGUAAUAUAUUUUGAGACAUGAAAAUAUAGUAUUUAGUGUGUCGACAGAGUACCUUAAAGUGGCCUUUAAAAAUCCAAUUAACAAUUUCAAUUGUAUUAUUUUUAUAACGCCGAUAUAUGUAAGAUGGAAAUAAUUGUGUUUCUUUGUUGAACAAAACUGCAUAUGUGUACUUUCCAGGGAUUAAAGAAUAAUAUUGGAAAUUGAUUUUUGAUUUUCUUGGAAUGCAUGGCGUUAAACGUGAAUUAUUUAUUUUUGGCAUUACUGGCUGAAAUGUUCUGCGGACAUUUGUCGAAUGUUGCAUUGUUUAUCGCAUUUAACAAAUAAAAUGUUUAAUGUCAACAUUACACAUUACACAUUACACAUACAAAAUUAUUGUGGAAAUCAUAGUUUCUGCUAAAAAUGUGAUAGAAUCUAUAAUUAUUGUUAUUAAUAUAAUACAUUAAUAUGAGGUCUACUUCAAACAGUGAAAGAAGCUUUUAGAAUCUUUCUGUCAUUUUAAAUACUUUUUAUUAUGACAGUGGGUUCUAAUACAGGUUACCACAGUUUUGUUGUUGGAACAUAAUUGUUAACUGUUAUUUUCUGGCAGAAGCUUUGAUUACCAUGGUAGAUUUUUGAAAGGGGUUUUGUAUCUUACAGUGUGUCCGAACCUGGUCAACGCGACAGGUAAUUUGUUUGUUAUUUUAGUACUUUUGAGGAAGAAAUAUUUGGAAAUAAAAUACAAUUAUUAUUGGA